AUGAUGAACACGUCGACGCGCUGGCUGGUGUGGAGCACUCAGGAGCCGGACGAGAGGCUGCAGGUGCGGGUGGACAGUGACGUCACGUGGGCCACGUGGCGCGUGCGCGGGGGCGACGCCGUGCUGUGGGGGCUGAUCCGCCUCCACCCCGGCUGGCCGCUGGCGCGCUGGCCCGUGGGGCGGUGGGCGCCCGCCGCCGGCCUCCAGUACGACAACCGGAGGCUCCAGUGGGUCGCCAAGAAGAACCUGCAGGGCCUCGCGCUGGGCGCCGCGCUGCCGAUCGUGGACACGCCGCUGGACAACCUGGGCGAGCGCCUGAAGAACGUGAGCGACCGCCAGCUGGACACGAUGGCGCGCUUCGGCUGGGGCCUCUCCACCACGCUGGCCACGCUGCUCAACUUCUCGAUCGUACUGUACCGCGUGCGCAACUUUGGGUCACUGGUGAGUGAGAACGAGAUGGACGGAGCGGUCGCCCUCAUCCACAACGGAACCGUCGAGUUCGGAGCGGCUGGCUUCAUAAUGACCACCAGGCGCAUGGACUUCAUGGACUACACAGGACCUGGCCGGCUGUGGGCGCCAGAAAUAAUGUUUCGGCACCCCAAGUCGGCGAGCGUGCUCACGACGAUCUUCAAGCCGUACACGGCGGAGCUGUGGGUGAGCAGCGGCGCGCUGUUCGUGCUCAUCCUGGUCGUGUCGCGGCUCUUCUGCUGGGUCGAGCACCGCGUCACCGCCACCGUCGACGAGAUAGACAACUCGUGGAACUCCACCUUCCUGCUCGUCUCCUCUGCCAUCGGGCAGCAAGGUGUGUCGCGGAGCUCGGAGUGGCUGAGCUGGCGCGUGCUGCUGUUCGUCAGCUUCCUGUGCACCAACCUGCUGGACACGCACUACGCGGCCGGCAUCGUGUCCUCACUGCUGAUGCCGCCGCCCAGGACCAUCAACAACAAGAAGGACCUCGCCGACAGCGCGCUCGGCUUCGGCCUCGAGAACGUCAGCUACACCUACCAGUUCUUCGUGAAAAGCGACGACCCGGUGGACCGCGCGCUGUGCAGCCGCAAGCUGUACCCUGCCGGCGGCCGGCCCAACUUCUUCCCCGCCGAGGUGGGCGUGCGCAAGAUGGCCACCGAGCUGUUCGCCUUCCACGCCGAGGACGUGCGCGUCGGCCCGCUCAUCGACCGCUUCUUCUCCGACGACGACAAGUGCGCGCUGGUCUUCAUACCUCUGCUCACGCCCGUCGCCACCUACACCGCCGUCCGCAGGAACUCGCCCGUCAAGGAGCUCUUCAACUUCGGACUGCGCAUGAUGUGGGAGCGCGGCCACAUCAGCUACCUGCGCAAGGCGUGGUACUUCACGCGCGUGCGCUGCCUGUCUGAGGCGGAGUACGCCAGCGUGGACCUGGUGCCCAUGUCGCCCGCCUUCAUGCUGCUCGGCUGCGCCAUCUUCCUGUCCGGCCUGCUGCUGCUGCUCGAGGUCCGGCAGUACCGCCGGUAA